AGAGCCGUCGGCUCUCUCGGUGCUUUCUUGAAAUUCGUCUCUCUACCAGCAGUAGCAGCACCAGCAGCACCAGCAGCAACACACCGGGUUGUGUGUUAUACACUUACGACAGAGUGUACGACAGAGAGACCAACUUCUCCUCCCCCUUUCGUCUCAACACGAAUCCAUAUGUAUGGGGUUGAGAGGCGCACCAGGCGACGCAAAUGUGCUGACUACAUUACGCCGCUAUAUAAGAUAGCCGGCCAACCAUCCUAUCCCCACAGACCGAGCCAGAUCGGCAGACCGUUCACAGACGGACCAACGAACCGAUCUACCGAUACUUCAGACACGACACAUCUUUUUCGUUAACACGGACCACUUCGCGAACUCAGCCGAUCACAGGGUUAGAUCAGCCAGUUUUCGUCGAGGAAACCAAUUCACCGGUAUUAUUCGAUACGUUCGAUUUCAUCGGGGGAGGUGAUCGGAUUUUUACACAUUUUACGAUUUAUAUUCAAGAUACGUCUUAGCCUGACGAUAUUUCGGCAUUUUCAAUAAUACACGAUCUUUGAAAGAGUUUCGUUCGGUACCGCGAUAACAUCGCACGUACCACAAAGUUUCCAAGCUUUGAAAAGUCGAAAAGGCUCAGAGAAUUUCCUUUUGAAGAGACCCUUCUCGCGAUCCAGAUACCCUAGGUCGGGGUACCACGGUUCUUCACACGAGACAUAACACGAAAACAUCGGUGACGAUCGUCAGUGAGUGCAUCGACGAAGAGAAACAAGGUCGAAGAUGAUCCCUUUGACAGCCACCACGUGCUUCCUAAUCGCUGUCACCUUCCUGGCACUCGUCCUGAUCCUACUGGAUCAUCUAAGGUCCAAGAAAACGACGAAGAAUGUCAUCUUGGACGAUAACGUCCUGCCGGAACCACCUGGACCCAAACCAUGGCCGAUUCUGGGCUCCCUUCACAUCCUGGGACGCUACGACGUACCCUACAAAGCUUUCGCUGAUCUUGUUAGGGACUACGACUGUCAGGUGAUCAAGCUCAGGAUGGGAUCCGUGCCCUGCGUGGUCGUCAAUGGUCUGGAGAACAUCAGAGAAGUGCUGACCAUCAAGGGACACCACUUCGAUUCCAGGCCAAAUUUCACCAGAUACCAUCUGCUCUUCGGUGGAAACAAGGAGAACUCUCUGGCAUUUUGCAACUGGUCCGAAGUGCAGAAGACUCGAAGAGAGAUGCUCCGCUCGCACACGUUCCCGCGCGCGUUCUCCACACGCUAUAACGAGCUAAAUGGGAUAAUUGGUGAUGAACUAAACCUUCUGAUCAAUCAUCUGGACUCUCUCUCGAACGUAAACGUGCACGUGAAACCAUUGAUCCUUCAUUCCUGCGCGAACAUCUUCAUCACUUACCUCUGUUCGAAGAACUUCCACCUGGAACACGAUGGUUUCCGGUACAUGGUCGAGAAUUUCGACAAGGUGUUCUUCGAAGUGAAUCAGGGUUACGCAGCCGAUUUUCUACCUUUCCUUAUGCCUCUUCAUCACAGAAAUAUGACAAGAAUGGCGCACUGGAGCCACGAAAUCAGAAAAUUCGUUAUCAAGGACAUCAUUUCUGACAGAGUGAACGCCUGGAAUGGCAUCGUUCCUGAAAAAGAUUAUCUAGACUGUCUGAUUAAUCACGUCAAGAGUGGAGCAGAACCCGAGAUGUCCUGGAAUACAGCGUUGUUCGUCAUGGAAGAUAUAAUUGGUGGACACACUGCCAUUGGAAAUCUCCUCGUCAAGGUUUUAGGAUUCCUCGCUACAAGGCCAGAUGUUCAAAAGCUAGCUCAAAAAGAGAUCGAUUCUCUUGGUAUCGCUGGAAUCUUCGUUGGGCUGGAGAACAGAAGAUCCUUGCCUUAUGUCGAAGCUAUCAUCUUGGAGACUAUUAGGAUAAUUGCUAGCCCUAUUGUUCCUCAUGUGGCUAAUCAGGACAGCUCCAUUGCUGGCUACAGAAUCAAGAAGGACACCUUCAUUUUCCUCAACAACUACGAUCUAAACAUGUCUACCGACCUGUGGACCGCGCCAGAAGAAUUCAUGCCCGACAGAUUCGUCCAGAAUGGAAGGUUACUGAAGCCAGAACACUUCCUGCCAUUCGGUGGAGGUCGACGAUCUUGCAUGGGCUACAAACUGGUGCAGUAUCUGAGCUUCGCCAUUCUAGCUACGUUGCUGAAGAACUUCACGAUAGUACCCGUGAAGAACGAGAAUUAUACGAUUCCCAUCGGAAACCUGGCCCUGCCUGAGAUGACCUUCAAAUUUCGAUUUGAACGACGGUAGGGCCUCGAAGAAGGUACGGACGUUGGCCUGGGAAGAAAGGGCUGACACGAAGACUUCGGUUGCUUCGGCGAAGCUUCAAUGAGAGAGACUUCAACGAUAGGGCAACCAUAAUGGAUCGUUGGUCCACGAUCAAGAAGGAGCUUCAGGGAAAUUUGGGAGGGACCAGCUGAAGAGAGGCUUCUGAUUUGUUUUUUUUUCUUUUAGACAAAGCUUUAUAAGAAGGUCGGAUACUGUUUGACCUUCGUCAGCAACGAGAGCUUUACUGACAUUACUAGAUGGUUAAGGUAGCAAAUUUUUGUUGAUCGUCCAUCAACGGGGAAUAAUCCCACUUCCCUCUGAAACGGUUCGAAGACGAUCAGCCGCGAUAUCAGGAGAGAAAACUUGGACUGAAAAAGAAGAGGACUGACCCCACGGGAUGCUACGGGAAGAACAGUUAUCGUUUUAACGAACAGCUUAGGUAAACCGAGCCUUACCGGUCAUCUUCUUGUUUCUUUCUUAUAGAAUCGUGCCUUACUUGUAAUUUUAGAACCAUGCUUACUUUAGGCAACUUUUGGUCAAUUAAUUGGACGAUUGAGUUCGUGUUGGUUAAGUAAAAGAUUUACGCUACAGCUUGAUCGUUGUUCGAUACUUUAUCGUUGAACGUAGCUGAUGCUGAUCAAAUUACGAUUAUCUGUCUGUUGAUCUUUUAAUAUUUACAAGAUACUGAACGUAUUAGUAGAAUUUUACAUGAACUACAGUUCGCUGUUAUAUUAAUAGACAAAUUGGUAUAACAGUAACAAGUUUGUUUUACAAGUAAAUUAUCUGAUUUGCUUAUUUGUUAAAAAAUUAUACGAGAAAUAUCUACGAUCUACAUCUUGUAACUGCUAAUUCAAUAAUAUUAUUAAUUAGUAAAUUAUCGUACAAGAGAGUCCAGUCGCCGAAUAUUCAAACUCCAAUUGAACGAUUGAAAAAGUUUUACUCGAUUGAUAUUACACUUACAGAGGUGAUUGACCAAAAGUUACGUGAUGUAAACAAGGCUUAAGAACGUAGUAUCUUCAUCUUGAAAGAUUUCAAGAAGGGAUUAAAUUCUGCUAUAAAAAGACGAAGAUUUACAUUCAAUUAAUACGUUAUCGGAUGAUGGUCCUAAAUAUAUUUUCCUGGAAAUCGAUCUAUUGAUCAAUCCACUCACUGUAACAUUUUCUUCUUCUUCUUUUAUUUCAUUCUUUUCGAUUGCUUCUUUGAUGUUAAUGUAUAAAACGUUACAUAAAAUGAUUAACAUCAACAUACAUAAAAUUACGUUGUAUAAAAUAUUAACAUCAAGGAUAAUAUUAACUUGAAUUUUUAAUAUCGAUCGAUUUCAUGGGAAUACGAUGAAUCGACGGGUGAUCCACGAAGAUCCACGGAUCAGAAAUGACCGAGACUGAUUCUUUUGUUUAAUCGAACGAUCACGUACAAACCAUCGUCUGAUAACUGCUUGUUCGAAAGACGAGACGCGAGAACGUGAGCGGUAAGCACGGAGAAAACGAGACGAUUUUAUUUCAAGUUAAUCGUUUCGAUCGCGUGAAAUCAGAACGAAAACACCUCGCGCCACUCCAAGAGGGUGUGAAUUCAUCGCACGAGCUUAUCGAUCAUCCAUCGUUUGCGGUAUUCCGAAUACUCGACCGAUAUAUGCAUCAACAUUGAUCCAAUAUUGACUAUCAAGGACUAAGCGACGAAAUUUUUCCAAUGUUGGACCAACGUUCGUGCGGAAUAGUGUAAAAUCGGUUUUACAUAUUUCUUUCCUUUUUCCUUUAUGACCGAAGAAAAUAUUAACGAGAACAUCGCACCGAAGCGUACAACACGUUUAAAGUUUGUUAAUUCUCGUUUCUCGACGCGAUCCUCGACGCACAUUCCUUUUCUCUUUCCUCUCACAUUCUUUUCAUCUUUGAUAUUUCUCCUUUUCUUUCGCUCCAUAUUUCCCUUAGCGCAAAUCUGACCGAUUAUUUGCACCUUACCAAUUGAUCGUUGUUUCAAAAAAAGAAAAAAGAUUCAAUGAAGAAAAAUAUAUACAUAUUUUUUUAACUAAAAAUAUAUAUAUUUUUAUGGUGCAAAAGUGGUGGGAAAAUGGUACAGAACGGACGAGUCCCGCGUAAGACGAGAGAAAUCGAUUUUUCUUUUUUCUUUCUCUUUUUUAUUAUAAUUAUCAAUUAUUACACGACUGAAUGAUUUUUCUCAAAGAGAAAAGUCGGUUUGCCCGCGAGAACUACGCUCACGUAUAAUAAUUUAUUUUUACGCUAUUAAGCAUUGAUUCUUCUUAUUAUUAUUAUGUUAUUAUAUUAUAUUACAUUAUAUUAUUAUUAUAAUAUUUCUGCUUGCUACUAUUAUCAUCACUAUUAUCAGCAGUUAGAGUUUUCAUCCCCCUUUUUAUCAUCACAUUUCUCCACCACCCCGUAUCUCGUACUUCCACGUCCGUACGUUAUUUUGUGUUUGUUAUUUAAUUAUUGCGAUUGUUACGACAUUUGUUAAUUUAUUAUUUAAGAUUUUAAUAAUAAAAGCGACAAAUAAGA